AUGCCUGCUGAUGCACUCUGUCAUCUCCCUGUAUGUUCUCUUUCAACUCCUGCUGCAAUCGAUUUAAUUACCAUUGCGCAAGAUCGGCCAGCUCUGCACACAUUGGAUCUAACUUACACCAAGCUGUCCUGUUGCAAGUUUGCCUAUCUUCCACUUCCGUCUGCUGAAGGCACAAUCCUUUGGGACAUAGCUACUGGUUCUCCCAGACCGUUUGUACCCGCGACCCACCAGCGUUCUGUUUUCGAUGCCCUACAUUCACUGUCACAUCCUGGCAUCACUGCCUCGGUGAAGCUUAUUACGGCUCGGUUUUUCUGGCCUAAUACGUGCCGUAUGAUCACCGCUUUGGCACGCUCUUGUGCGAAAUGCCAGCGUUCUAAAGUCUACAGACACAUUUGCGCUCCUCUUGGACAGUUUUCUCCGCCGGAGACUCGCUUUCGCCAUAUCCACAUUGAUCUGGUUGGACCAUGGCCUGUCAGUCGCGGUUUCUCUUACAUAUUGACAAGCGUCGAUCGUUUCUUUCGUUGGCCUGAAGCCAUUCCAAUAGUGGACAUUUCCGCUGAGUCAGUUGCUCCAGCUUUCAUUUUUAACUGGAUUGCUCGUUUUGGUGUCCCAGCUAAAAUAACCACUGAUCGCGGACGCCAGUUCGAGGCUUCCCUAUUUCGUGAAUUAUCACAAAUCCUAGGCGUUCAUCAUAUUCGUACGACCAGCUACCAACCAGCCUCCAACGGGAUGGUCGAAUGUCUUCACAGGCAACUGAAGGCCGCUCUACGCGUCAUUCCUGAUCAACAGUCUUGGAGAGAAUUCCUGCCUGUCGUUCUUCUUGGUUGUCGCACUGCUGUUAAAACAGACUUAGGUUUCUCCUCUGCUGAACUUCUUUACACUACCAUCCUGGCACUCUCUGGCACAAUGUUGGCGCUAGAUAAUUCAUCGCCUCAUGAUCCAACGUUGUAUGUCACCAGACUUUGCUCGUAUUUCUCAAGUCUUCCACCCAUACAUCUGCAUGACCAGUCUAUUCCCUCUCACGUUUCACCGGACAUUGACAAAUGGACUCGUGUUUUUGUUCGGGAUGAUUCUGUCAAUGGACCUCUCGUUUCUCCUUAUAAGGGACCAUUUCGUGUACUUUCGCACACACCCAAGACUUUUAGUCUCGACAUCAAUGGUCGGGCAGAUACCGUGUCGGUUGACAGACUUAAAAGGGCACAUUUUGAAGUGUCCACACCCUUCGAUGACACUCCAAUCACGCUCACUUUUGAUCCUUUACAACCACCUACACAUUCACCUGCACAUGCACCUUUGACUACACCAUCACCUACACCUCCACCUUCGUCGCCACUACCUAACACGAACAAACCCUAUGUCACCAGGACUGGCCGAACUAUGCAUUGGCCCCCAAACUCACUAGAACUAUUUACAUCUAACCGUUUUUUCCUCCCGUGA